AUGGGGAAUUCGCACGGCAAGCCGGUUUGCUUUGAUGAUGAGGUAAACCUAAAUCAUUUCCGAUUGCUUCGUGUCGUGGGCAAGGGUGCAUUUGGAAAGGUCCGGAUCGUCGAGCGGAAAGAUACUGGAUUGACUUUCGCGCUCAAGUAUAUCCGCAAAGAUGAGGGUUCGUUGAUUCUAUAUCCCAUCAUUUCUGCCAUUGCCCGCCCACUGACCAAGUUCGCUCGUUACAGUUAUUCGGUCGGAGAGUGUGCGGAAUAUUCUACGAGAACGGCGGAUGUUGGAGCACUUGAGCUACCAAUUCAUCUGCAAUUUACGUUACAGUUUUCAAGAUGUGGAGUACAUGUAUCUAGUAGUCGAUUUAAUGAACGGAGGCGACCUACGAUUCCACAUAUCGAGAAAGACGUUCACGGAAGAGGCAGUCCGGUUCUGGAUCGCAGAGCUGGGAAUGUCGCAUCUGAUUACACGCCGGGAAAGCCUCUCACAAGCAAAUCUGGGACUCUCGCAUAUCUUGCCCCAGAAGUCUACACAGGACAUGGAUACGGUCCAGGCGCCGAUUGGUGGUCACUAGGAGUUUUGUUUUACGAGUGUAUAUAUAACAAACGGCCAUUCGAAGGGAACACUCAUUCCGUAUUAGCGGCACAAAUCACUAAAGCGAAUCCGAAUUUCCCCGUCACCGCACCCCCAGUAUCGAUGCCAUGUCUUCACGCCAUCAGUUCCGCCCUCGAGGAGGAUCCAGGAAAACGCAUGGGAUCAGUUAGUUUCGAGAGCUUCACAGAUAAUCCUUUUUUCCGAGCUAUAGAUUUUGAUGCGUUGGAGAGGAAAGAAAUCGAACCCGUCUUUGUACCAUCCGGGGAGAAGACAAAUUUCGAUGCCACAUAUGACCUUGAGGAACUACUCCUAGAAGAAGCGCCCCUGGAAGCCCGAGCCCGUCGACAAAAACCAAGAGAACAGUUGAGGGAAGAUGCCACUGUCAAGGAGAUUAGGGAAGAGGAGUUGUAUAAAAUGAUUGAGACCGGGUUCACACCAUUUGACUACACAACCGCGGCAUACGAGCGAUAUGCCAAAGAACUAGACCCCAACUCUACAGAAACUUCCGACAGUCCUGUAGAUUCCACCGGCCCAGGGGGACCCGAACGAAGCGGCAAUACCAGCGCACCACAAUCAAUAACCGGCCGUCCCACAUCAAGAGCUCGAAAAGUUUCAAAAUCACAACCAUCUCUCUCCGGUUCCCCUCCAAUACCCAAUAACCCUCCUCCAUUACCGAAUGGCCGUCAAACUACCACCAGCGCGCCGAGCCACAGACCAGCCAACAAUCGUACCCACACUUCCACAGCCGCUUCCCCGUCAACUAUCCAACCUUACCAGCCAUCAUACAGCAGACCCCGGCAACCUGGGACUUCACAGAAAGAGUCUAUAGGCGGCGGCAUGAAUGUCAUCCUUGGCGAGACGGAAAGCUGGUCAGAGCUGGCAAAGAAAGACGCAACGCUACCACUAGACGCCAAAUUAUCAGAGCCCGAAUUAAAACCUAAUGGAAUGCUAGGCUUCCUAAGUAGGAAGCGAGGUAGAGGGCACAGUCCAAAGCCACAAGAACGGGGAAUAUUAGGGAAGGAGGGUGCACGGGUUGUUAUUUCGAAGUAA